AUGGCUAAACGAAUGACUGAUUCGACGGAAACAGCCCUCACCACGAAAAAUGGAUCACUUCCGUGGACUGAAAAGUAUCGUCCAUCAUCGUUGGAUGAUGUUGUUGCACAUGAGGAGAUUAUCGGAACCAUGCGGCAUCUUAUGGAUAGCGAUAGCAUGCCGCAUUUACUACUUUAUGGCCCACCUGGUACGGGCAAGACAACCACCAUUAAGGCGUGCGCGCGUUAUCUCUAUGGGAAAGCCCGCAUGAUUGCCAACGUGUUGGAGAUGAAUGCCUCUGACGACCGUGGGAUUGAUGUGGUACGGCAUCAAAUACGGGAGUUUUGCAGCACCUCGUCUAUCUUUUCGAUGCCCGGGCCCGUGGCCUCAUCGACUCUCUCUGCCAAGCCCCUCCACACCUUCAAGCUGGUUGUUCUGGACGAGGCGGAUCACAUGUCACACGACGCCCAGGCCGCGCUCCGGCGGAUUAUUGAGAAGUACACGCGAAACGCCCGCUUUUGCAUUCUUUGCAAUCACAUCAACCGGAUCAUACCGGCCCUGCAGUCCCGCUGUACUCGCUUUCGUUUCGCUCCGGUGUCGAAGGCCGCGAUGCUGCCCCGGCUCCGCCAGGUCGUAGAGGGGGAGGGGGUUGCGUACACGACGGAGGGGCUCGCCGCGGCCUUUCAGCUCUCCCAGGGAGACCUGCGCCGGUGUUUAAAUACGCUUCAGUCCGCCGCACUCGCGGCCGGCGAGAUCACCGCGGAGGCGGUUUACCGCGCGACCGGGAAUCCUUCCCCUGUGGAAGUCGUCGGGAUUGUCUCCGAUGCGCUUUCCGGGGACUUCGCGAGCUGCUGGCCGAGGCUGGAGGCGGCGGUUGUGGAUAAAGGCGUUUCGGUGAUGGAUUUGCUGCGUGAGAUCCACCCCAUCGUGAUGUCGAUGGAUCUUCCCCAGGACUGCAAGUGCUUUCUCCUCAUCAAGUUCUCGGAUUUGGAGUACUACGCGGCGGGCGGGGCGAGGGAGGGGGUGGGCCUCUCCGGCAUCCUCGGCGCUUUUCAGCUCGUGAAGGAAGCAGUAACGCAGCGCAAGCCCAUUAAAGCGGUUCUGGCGGACUUCGUCCGAUAG